AUGGCUGACGAGGGCAGUGUAUGGGCACAAGGCUCGUCACUUUUUAACAUAUCAAGUCCACUAAAUGAUCUAUUAGAGAGAGAUAAUUUUACAUUAGUGCAAAUCUUGCAAGAGGAUGAACUUAUACAGGAAGUCAAGACACGCAAUACGAAGCUUAUUGAGUUUCUCUCACGAGAAACAACAGUCCAACAACUUGUGGAAUACGUUGUACGACAACCUGAUGAUACAUCAGAUGAUUUACGUACAAUUAAAUAUCCGUACAUGUCCUGUGAAGUUAUUUGCUGUGAUAUUUCAAGUAUUACUGAUACAUUAGUCAGUGCAUCGGAUGGAAAAAUUGUUGAUGUUCUUUUUGAGUUUCUGUAUGACACUCAAGAGGUGUUAGAUCCUCGUUUAGCUGGAUAUUUUGAAAAGAUUGUAAUGAUGCUCAUGGUUCGUAAACCACAAGAAAUGACGGCAUUACUGAAUAAAAAUUCAGAAAAAUUACUUGCUGGAUUUGCUCGUCAUGCAGCUAAUUUUUCCAUUGCAGAGCUACUUAAACGGCUACUUCAACCUUAUCAGGCUGACUAUAUGGACGACUGUAUGGAUUUUCCUGGAAUGUCGAUGGGAUUUUCGCCUUCAAACUCAUGGUAUGGAGGAGAAGAUGACGAUGGAUUGAAUGGAAACGAAACUCCCACGGCGUCCAAGGAAAAGAUACUGACGUGGCAAUCUGAGCCAACCGUUGUGGAUCUGUUACUGACGACACUGGCAGACGUGAAGGCCGAUAGUGACGCUCAUAAACAUGCAUCGGAUGUGCUGGUGGACAUUAUUCACUGCGGAACUCGUGCGCAACAGACGGAUCCGGCCUCGCCUGCGAGUUCGAGUGCACCUGUAUCAUUCGCGCUGCUGGAACAUUUGGAGACGAAGGAAGUUGCCGAAAAGUUGGUGGCGUUGGCCGUUCCUACCGAUAGUGCUGCCGUCUCAAGUGUUUCUUCGAUGGCAGGUGCAAUUUUUGUGCUAAGUGCGCUCCUAUCGCGUGCUACAAAUGCACAGUACGCUGCCACGGAUGAGGUACCACCUGUCGUUGCAUGCACCAUUGAUCGUCUGCCACACAUUUGCGCAAUUCUCAAGGGAGAAGGAGUUGAUGCCGGCACAAUUCGUAAUCAGCGUCGUCAAGAGGUCUCGCGCCUUGGACUGCGUCGAUUGAAAAUGGUUGGACUCGUUGUGCUAUUGAUGCAGUGUAAAUACCAGAAGGUGGAUAUAGCGCUGCUUGAGCAUCAUGCUAUUGGCAUCUGCCUGGACUUGUUCUUUAAGUUUGAGUUGGUGAACAUGCUCCACGCUGACGUUGAGAGCAUGGUGAUUGGCGUCUUAGAGAGUGGUAGUCACGAUUUGCUGGUAGGAUUAGUAAAGGAUGCGCGUCUGCUGCCGCGCAUCAUUGAGGCUCACGAGAAAAAUGAUGAAGCGAUUGCUGUCGCUAAGGGUUUUUCGCUUGGAUACAUGGGCCACCUCCACCGAAUUUGCAACACGCUAAUGACAAUGCUGGAUGAUAUGCGCGGUAGCACAAAUGACGAGGGAUCUUUAAACGAGAUGCGACACGCAGAUACAGUGCUGGAACUUUUCGAAGAGGACGAAGCCACGUGGAAAAAAUGGGAGGAAUUAUCUGGCAAGGUGCUUGCCCCCAUUUACGAACGUGAGCGUAUGCCUCUAGGUGGUGUUACGGUUUCUCAGGGCGGCGAGGACCCAUAUUCGGUUAUGGGCUUCAACCAGAACGACGAGCUUCUAAACGCACAGUUUGCCGAGAUGUUAGGUGCUUCAGGUUUUGGUUCCGAUCCCAGUGGCUUUGAUACGGACUUUGACGUUAAGGACACUGACACACCCAUGUUGCCAGAAAUCAUGAACGACAGCAGUAGCAGCGAGGAUGAAGAUGAGGACGAGCUUGCACGGCAGGAAAGUGCCCCUAAGGAUAGCGAGGGCGGCGUGGGCACGGACCGAUGGGCAAGUUUCGAGUCGGGCGGCAGCUGGGCAAAAUUUGAAGGUACAUUUGACAACAUUCCAUUUGAGCCCAUUCCCGGCAUGGAAAAUGAUGGAUUCAAUGAUGAUGAGUCUGUGCCACCUAUUGUAACUACGGCAGAUUUAGCUGUGCCCGCCGCGGCGUCUACUAAAGCCACUGCUGCUUCUACGAAAGAAGCGGCAGCAGAGAAGGCGCCGAUAGAGACAUCUGGAACGAUGGAAUCUACGACAACAGCGGAGACUGAGAAGGAAACCCAGACUAUGGAUGGCGCUAGCAGUUUGGAGAAAGCACCUAGUGCAGAGGCAGCGGUAGAAGAUACUUCAGCGGAUACUGCUGAACCCGAGGCGCAGGCGUGA